CCACGUGGUCACAUCUCAUUGAUCACACCCCUUCACCAGAGAACACACCAUCAACGACAACCAAACCAACGGUGUUGAUACAACUUACAAGGGACCUUCUCUUCUCGCGCCUAAAAUUUACGAAAUUUUCUCCCUUAAUCGGGUUUUCGUACUGGAAUGGCGGAAGGUCCGUCGAGUCCAGGCGAGAGUGGGGAUCUGAGCCCGAGGUCGUCGAACGUGCGGGAGCAGGACAGGUUUUUGCCGAUUGCGAAUAUCAGUCGGAUUAUGAAAAAGGGUUUACCGGCUAACGGGAAGACUGCUAAGGAUGCUAAAGAAACUGUUCAGGAAUGUGUUUCUGAGUUCAUCAGCUUUAUCACUAGCGAGGCAAGUGACAAGUGUCUAAAGGAAAAGAGGAAAACCAUUAAUGGUGAUGAUCUGUUAUGGGCAAUGGCCACACUAGGGUUUGAAGAUUACAUUGAGCCACUCAAGGCAUACCUAAUUAGAUACAGAGAGGUAAUGUUUUGUUUCUUUACAAGCUGUUCGGAGUUGUUUCCAUUCUUGAUUGGAUUGCUGUGGCAGAUUGAGGGUGACACCAAGGGAUCUGGUAGAAAAGAAGGGGUGCAGCUGCAGCCUGAGCAUGAUGAAGGUUUUUAUUCACAGGGUCUGAGUUAUGGUGACUCACAGCAACAGGGUCAACACUUGAUGGUCCCAAUGCAAGGGACAGAGUAGUAGUAGUAAUAUAUAUAUAUAUAUAUAUAUAUAUAUAUAUAUAUAUAUAUAUAUAUAUAUAUAUAUAUAUAUAUAUAUAUAUAUAUAUAUAAUGAGGUGUUUCCAAAGUUAGGCUUCUUAGUAUUUGUUAUAUCAAGUUAAAAAGACUUGAAAUUUAGGACUUGUAUUUGGAUAUGGGAAAAGAGGAAUUUUAAAUCCAAUCUUUGGAUUUUGUAAUA